GGGUAAUGCAAAUCUUGAUGACGUAUUUCGCAAGUGCUAGAUUUCAAGCAGACAUUCAACAAGUAAAAAUCAGGUGCCAUGAAGAUUUCAGACUUGACUCAUGCUUUAAUUAGGGCAUCAGAAAAAGGAGCAAGAAUUGCCAGGGCUAUUAGAGCUGAGGAAGAGCUCUUCUCUUUACUCAUUGAAGAAAAACCAGAGAUUAUAGAACACAAUAAAGUUAAACAAGAUUUUAAAACUUUAGCAGAUGUUCUUAUACAGGAGACUAUUAAGCAUGACCUUGCGAAACAGUUUCCAGGCCUUGAGAAAUUUGUUUAUGGAGAAGAAGAGAGUGAGUUCACCAACACUAAUGGAGAGACAAUUCAUGUCAGAGUUUGUGACACAGAAGAAGAAACAUGCAGUCUGCUAGCCAAAGUAUUAGAAGGGAACACCAAAGCCCCACAACUCCUUGCCAAAGUUGUCCAUGAAGAUGUUACGCUGCCUGAUAUUGAGAAGAUAUCUGCUGUCACGGAGCAGCUCUCCUUGGACUCUGUAGGAAUUUGGAUAGAUCCCAUAGAUGCCACAGCUCAAUACAUAGCUGGUAUAGAAGAUGAAUGCCCAGUUCAAGGUCUAUAUUCGAAUGGUUUGCAGUGUGUCACAGUGCUCAUAGGAGUAUACGACAGAGAAUCUGGAAUCCCCAUUAUUGGUGUUAUGAACCAGGCUUUUUCAACACGGGAUACCAGUACUAAGAGAUGGCAGAGCAGAUUUAUUUGGGGCAUCUCUUACAAGUCUAUCAAUAUCAACUCCCUUGAAAUCUCGGAAACAGGUUCAGCAUCACAUCCAGCAGAGCAAUCAGGUGACUUGGAUGAGACAAGUUCAGCGCAAUCAAAAAAGGUGAAGAUGUCACACCUAGCACGGUCAAAUGCAAGUCAGGAAGAAUCAGAUAUCCCAGCAAAAAUUAUCAGCAGCCCAGGUGAAAAUCCAGAGAUUUUAUCCAAAUUUUCUGCAAAAUUUCAAGUAGUUCAUGCCUGGGGAGCUGGAAACAAAUCUCUCUCCAUAUUGGACAACAUUACGGUGGCCUACUUUAACUCUGGUAGCGCCAUCUAUAGAUGGGACACUUGUUGUGGUCAUGCCAUUCUCCGCACCUUGGGCGGGGCAGUGCUGGACUUCCAUAAAGCAUGGGAGGUGGUCAAGUCCUGCAAGGACGCUGGGCAGCUGGAAGAUGAACUUCAGAAGACAGAGUUGACUUACCAUUUUAAGAAUGUACAGAAGGAGUUAGGGGCAAAACAGUGGGCCAAUUGUGGAGGCAUUUUAGCCUACAGAGAUAUAAAAUAUGUUUCAGAUAUUCUCAGUUGUUUGUGUUAAAAUGAUUUAACCAAUGGCUAAUUCAGAAUAUCAAGAGGGGAGUCAAUUUUCUCCUUAUAAGUUGCUCUCUCCCUCUUAUGCUUCUUGCUCUCCCUUUUAUUAACACACCAAGCCUACCUCCAGUAUAAAAAAUUAUCUGUGAUACUAUGAUAAAUUAAUUUUUAUUGUCUAUAUCACAAUUGUUGUCAUUUUAAGAGAUUUAAAUACUGUUAAUUGGAGUUGCAGUAUAUGUUAUUUGUGGAGGGACUGAAGACUUCUAUGGAACAACAAUGAUAAU